UAAAAGACAAGUGAGAACUUUAUUAACUGUGGUUACUGAGAAAUCACAAGGCAAAGCUAAAAUCCCUCUUCAGAUCCACAAUCAACUGCCCUGAACACAUCCUGCAAAAAGUCCUGAGGAAGGAGAGCCAUGGAUUACUACAGAAAAUACGCAGCUGUCAUUCUGGCCACAUUGUCUGUGUUUCUGCAUAUUCUCCAUUCCUUUCCUGAAGGAGAGUUUACAAUGCAAGGUUGCCCAGAAUGCAAGCUAAAGGAAAACAAAUACUUCUCCAAGUUGGGUGCCCCAAUUUUUCAGUGCAUGGGCUGCUGCUUCUCCAGAGCAUAUCCCACUCCAGCAAGGUCCAAGAAGACGAUGUUGGUCCCAAAGAACAUCACUUCAGAAGCCACAUGCUGUGUGGCCAAAGCAUUUACCAAGGCCACAGUGAUGGGAAAUGCCAAAGUGGAGAACCACACGGAGUGCCACUGCAGUACCUGUUAUUAUCACAAAUCUUAAAUGUUUUGCAAAAGAGCAUGUUGAUGACUGCUGAUUUCCUGGAGUGAAAAGUUAAUUUUUCAGUGUUUAUGGCCUUGUGAGAUAAAACCCCCUUUUUACUUACCAUACUCCUUUUGGUGUGCUUCGGGGAUGUACUGCAGCUUUAUUGCCUUUCUCAUUUUCCUACAGUAUAAUCAGAAGUCUAGUUCUUUUCAUUUGGAGUGAAGUACUGCAUUUAGCAUGAGCAUAAAAAGCUGGUUCCUCUGGA